CCAUUUCAUCGGCAGUAGAUAGAAUUACUGCUGCGCAAACCGUUAUUUGCUUUGAAGAAGCUUCAUACAUUUUCAACAUUGUGAAUACCGGAGAGAAACAUCUAGACAUCUUAAAAUGCAAUCAAGCUUCCUGUCAGUGCAGUUGCUAUUGGUGCUGCAGUUUGUCUAUGUGUUAUCAGAAAACAUUGAUGUGGAGGCUGGAAAGGAUGUGCUUCUUCCUUGUACUUUCUCAUUGUCUGAUUUACCAAAACCAGCAGAUGUUAUUUGGAGAAAAAUGCCAGAAACUGAAGUAUAUUCCUUAAAAAAUGGUAUAGAAACUAAAAUUCCUCAAUACGAUGGACGUACGAAGUUAUAUAUGGAUGGAGUAAAAUUUGGGAAUUUUUCAAUUCUUUUGUUAAAAACUCAGGAAGCUGAUAAAGGAGAAUACAAGUGUUAUGUGGCUCGCACAUCUCUUUCGCAUUACAUCACACUUACUGUUAAAGACCCUGAAACUCCUGUUGUGCCCAACAAAAAAGACAAAGCUUCAGGGGAAGAACCUGGAAACAAUAGUGUUACCAUGAAUCCCGGCAAAUAUCUUACAUUCUUAGUUUUUGCAUUAUUUCUGAUCCAGUAUCUGGGACAACUGUAAAAAAACAGAAGAUGAAAAAUAGCAAAAUCAUCAGUAACACUUAAUUCUGUUUUGGAUUUUUACCCUGAUUCUUAAAACAUUCUGUGUGAAACAUAUACCAUUUUUACCUGACAAAAAAGUCAAGUCUAGUUAUUUUAUGGACAUAAAAAAAAUUUCUAGUAUUAAACAAAAAUUGGAAAUUUGGUUUAACUGUUAAUUACAUUGUUGCUCCUUAACAACAACAAAAAAAGCAAAACAAAAAACAGCCACAAGACCAAAAUCCUGAAAAUUGUCACUAAUUAAGAUAAAUAUACAGAUCAAGUGUAUAUAGUACUGGUCACUGUUUUGUCUUUCAUACAAAAAUUUCAGCAUCUGCAAAGUUCUCGGCUUUUCUUGUGUGCCCUUUUUAAAGCGGAUAUUUUGUGUUAGGCACUUUUGAAAAAGAUGGUGAUCGUAGAUCGUGCACGUUGACCCCUGUUCAUUCCUAGCUAUGUUUCAUUUUUUUCUUAGUCGCCUGAAUACUAUUCUAGAAUAAUAUAAAGCCACUAUUUGUCCCCUUCCUGGAUUAGUCAUGGAUUAUUGGUCUAGUAUGCAGAAGUGUCAGUGGGCAUCUCAUCUACACAGUUUAUUGAACUGCAUUAUUAACAACAGAGAUCCAUGGCAUCACAGUAAUGCGAGAUUUUUCAAGAGUCUCUGAUAUUUGUUAAAUUAGAUUUUGUAUUCACAAUUGAUGACAAUUGCCAUUUACAAUUAUCAUUUUGAGUUUCUCUAGCUCAUUUUGUUAUUAACAUGUGCUUUAAUUAACUGGUUAUUCACAAAAACACGGGUUUCUAAUAUGCCAUGUAAACCCUUUUUCCAGUUAGAGAAACCAAGUAAUUGGUCUCUGAGAAACCCAGGUUGACACACAUAGAUUUCCGCAUUAUGUAAUCCAUUUAUGUGGCCAUGUAAACCCUUAACCGGUUUACAGUUAAGGAUUUCGUAGCCUGCUCAUGUGUUAGCUUUGCAUAUGCUUUCAGCAACCACAGCUAGAAAGUGGUGGAAGCAUUCACAAAAUAAAUUUCCUUUGGAAAUUUGUUCAGGCAAUCAUAUUAUGCUUUCUCCUGGUUGAAAUAAUCUGUCUCAAUAUUUCAGAAAUCACUAAUGUUGAUGAAGUGAACAUCGAGUGCUAAGCUCAGCAGCACAAUCUUGAAAGUAGUAGGGUAACACGUUAAAAGUAAAGUGUGUUAUGUCUGAUUACCUUUCAAAGUAAUGAUCAACCUAACACAAUCCUUAUUUUAUUGAAAUAAACAUAUCUACAUUAUUCUUAUCCCAGAAGCACUGGGUGUAAGGCAAGAAGCACACGUACCAGUAUGCUGCUCUUUUGUAGGGCUCGGUCAGACAGCCAGACAGAGGAUAGUGUGCUGCUUGAAAUCUGGUAAAAGAAAUAAAUUAACAAUGUGUCAGUUUAGUUUUAAUUUAGUUAUUUGUUAUAGAUACAUUGAAACAGUGUGCUUGAGUGACACAGUGGUCAGUGUUUAUGCUGUGAAUCAUCGGUAGCUCAGGUUGAGGAUGUAAUAAGGAGAUGGAUGUUAUUUACUUCAUGGCACAUAACGGAAUAAACAUAUUUAUAAAACACAGAAAAUGAUCGUAUUUGUUGGGUGUGCUUCAUCAGUCUCAUGAAGGCACAUAUAUAAGUUUAGGAUUUAAUAACAAAUGCUGGCCAGUCAAAUUUUGUACAUUUUGUAACACUUUAAAUUUUAUAAUCAGUACCUAUAUAACAUCCAUUCCUACUUUUUUUGUAAGUAAUGAAGAAUGUAACUAAGUUACUUUUGAGAGCAACAUUCCCCAGACUGUUUGAGGUGACAUAGGCUCCAUGCUUGCUUUCAGAUUUAUGAUGGCCAUUGAUGAUGUAUAACCUUUAUUUUAGUGCAUGUUUAUGACAUUGGAGCUAGGUAACUCCAGAAACGUACUUGCACAUGUAAAUGGGCUUUUUUGAGAAUCCAGGUUUCUCCCUUAACCGGGUUACUCAGUUGUGUAUGUGCACAUAUAAACUGAUUCACUUUCGGUACUGCAAAAAAGUGUCUUUAUUACUCACGCUACUAUAUAAUAAUACUUUGUUUUUAUCUUAUUGAAGGUUACAAAGCAUCAGUCGAGUGGUCAAUUCAUCUCUGCACUGUGGCCUACUAAAAUACCUUUACUUUCUAAUGGUCAGAGGUGGGUUAUUGGUGACUUUUCUUGAAGUUGCAUACUUCAGCAUGAAGCCUGUGAAUCCUUCAUAUUCACAAAAAUUUUUAUGAAGAUAUCAAAGGCUCUUAAUAUGCCACACUGCAUAGAAAUAAAAAAUUACUCUGCUGAUGCUUUAUAGGUGUUAUUAGGAUGCUGCCUUUGCUCAGGUCUAUUUACAUAGCUGUAAAUGAGUGAUAUAUUUUUGCAGUACCUAAAUGAACCUGCUCCUCUUUCUUUUCUUGUGGCUUCUGCCUCACUUCUGCAAAUUUUUUCCACAUUGUAAUUUAUUUUCACUUUCACAUCUGUUGUGCUCUUCUUUAUUGGUUACAUUUCUUCUCCUUGUACACAUUGCAACAGUUUCUCUCCCUAAUCUUGCCUUUAACUUUUCAAGCAAUUCAUUUUGUCGAAUUUGACCAUCUCUGUCUCUUCUUUUUUUAUAUCAUUAUAUUAUGAUUUAUUUUUCAUAUUUGUCGUCAUAGACUGCAUUAAUAUGCUGUCACAAUAACACAUAGGAAACCUCAAAUGUUUGGGGCAGCCACCCGUAUAAUAUCCCUGGCUGCAAAAUGGGUAUUUUUUCCACGAGUUGUGCAUGGUACAAUGUCCAAAACAGAACUUAUUUGAGUCCAGAACUAGAAGAGAUGUCGUUGAGCACUGGUACCGGAAGUAACACCAUCAAUGGCGUAGGUACCUAAUGGGAUUUCCGAAGGAUAGUCUCUGGAGAGAGAGUUAGUGCAGGUCGCCAUCCCCUGGUCUGUUGUGGUAUUACUGUUAUUUAAGCCCUCUAGCUGCCUCCCAUGUGCACGUAUGUGACAAUGCUUCAACUGAUUCAGUUUUGUUUUAUUAAACCCAUCUGUUUGUCAGGUGAAGCAAAACCAGGAGUAGCUAGCCCAAUGCUAUAUGCUAGAGACCAAUGUCAGAAUCAUACUUUGAACAUGAAAGUCUCAGAAAGGCAAAAUCGAAUACAGUAUAACUAUAAAACCAUGAUAUAGUAUUUCUUAUGAGGUAGUGUUAUUUGUGCUCUAUUUAUUAAUGAGAAAUGGUCUAUACAUACAUUAA